AUGCCCUUUUUAUGGGAAACUGAGGAGUGCUGUUUUUGGCAUGGCGUCAAAUGCAACAGCCUUACGGGAUACGUCGAAAUUCUCGAUUUUAGCUUGAAAUCUUGGGUUGUAGCAGGUAUGAUUAGCCCUUCACUUCUUAAACUACAUCAUUUAACUUCUUUAAAUUUCAACAGUAAUGAUUUUAAUGGAAGUCUCAUCCCAGAGUUUUUUGGUUCCUUGAAAAAAUUGAAAUUACUGGAUCUCUCCAAUGCUAAUUUUAGAGGUCCAGUUCCUUCUCUACUUGGAAACCUUUCAAUGUUGGAAACUCUUAGAUUGGGUGGUUAUCUCAGUUUCACUAACCUGAGCAAUGCCAAUGAUUGGUCUCAAGUCAUUAGCCACCUUCCUUUGCUCCAAAUACUAAGUCUAAGACAUUGUGAUCUUCCAAGCAUAUCUUCUUCAUCACUUUCCCUUGCCAACUCUUCUACAUCUCUCACCUAUCUCGAUCUCUCUGAUAAUAAUCUCCCUUCUUCUGCCAUAUAUCCAUGGUUGUUUAAUGUUAGCAGCAACCUUGUCUCACUUGACCUCUCAAGUAACCAGUUGAAAGGUCCAAUUCCAGAAGCUUUCGGGAACAUGAAGGCUAUUCAAGAACUUUAUCUAAGUGAUAAUCUUUUGGUACUAGCUGAGAAUCAAGUUAGGGGCGAUUCAGGGUCGAAUGAAAUCGGAAAACUACCAGAUUUGAGGGUUCUAGAUCUUGGGUACAACCUUGUAAAUGGAUCCAUAAGCAAAAGCAUUGGACAACUUUCCAACUGCAUGUCUUGCGGCUUGCGGAAAUUCUUUUGA